AUGCUCAGCAAAGCAUCACUUGAGCAAGAGUUUCGGGACAUCGGAGACAAGACGCUCAUCUUGCAUGUGGCGAGCCAAAAUGCCGGCCUCCUUAUCCGCCCCGCCUCAAACGGUUCAGUGAUAUUCGAGGCCUUCGAAGCCUCCCCAUCUUUGGAGGCCGUACUGGGAGCCAAGAAUGCCCUUCUGUGUGAUUUCCCCGGUCGCGCGGCUCAGAUCCCUGCUAGCGACUUUCAUAACGACUCGUUUAGGACCAGUCUCGCCUUGUUCCUGGAGAAAGCCAGCAUCGAGACUCUAAGCGCCCUCAAUGCGCGAGCUGUGAAGAAGAAGACGGCAGUCAUCGAGACACGCGACACCGCCGACUGUGCGCUGAUUUCUCAGAUGCUCAUGUCACUGCUGAUUGCUAUUGGUGGGCCCGCCAGCACUCCUAGGUUCCGGAAGAGAGUACGUGACGAUGUCAACUUCGACAACGCAAAAAAGCCAUGGAGAAGGGCCCCGAUGUGGCUGAUAUUACGCGUCGCUGUUCGACAAAUGUUAUGUCUUGAGCUUGGAAACGAGGCAGGCCGGGCAACCUACAAGAUGUUCAUGUGCGUUGUCCUCGCACAGUUCCUUGAACAGACUUCAAAAGAGCUCGCUGCUGAGAUGGUGAUGAUUCUCAGAGCCAAGCUGUGCCGACGCCUCGCCAAGUUGGAGUCAGACAAACUGCAAGCAUCUGAAUCUGCUCGCCCAGUAUACGAUCAGCUCUUCGCCUGCUUGAGCCCCUGGUUCAAGAAUACCAUCGAAGUCGCUACUCAAGAUGCCACAAGGAUUUGGGAGCUGUAUAAAGCUUCUGUCCAGCGAAAGAUUGCCCCACUCCCUGCCAAGUCAGAAAUCGCCAGCUUCGAACUCAAACUUGAAAACAGUGGGAACUAUUUGCGUUCACUACUCGAUUUGACCCCGUAUCCCCUCAAAACGGUACCAUUUCUUGACUUGCGGGCGAUGAAGUCUGGCAUGCUUGGAAAAGCUACCAAGUUCGCGGAGAGGUAUCUCAAGUUAGCAGAACUCGAGGGCGAAAUUUUGCAACUAAUCGAACGGGAGAUGCAAGAUCCCCCCAAUUCCAGGGAUGGUUAUCGUCUCGGAUGUCUGCGCAUCUCUGAAAUAAUCAUCAGACUGGUCGCGGAAGUCGGCGAUGCUUAUGAUAACGACCCAGCGCAGACGAGCAACCAUAUUCUCAAUGUACUGGAUUUGUGGGUGUCGUUGGACCACUACGCAACCUCGUUCUGCCCUCUGCUCUCCAACUAUCACCCAUUAUUUUCUCCCGAGUCACUUGACUUGCUCCAUCUUUCUUCUUUGUCCGAUUUGUCCCGUCUCCAUGAGAUACAGGGAUACCUGAAGGAACGGACAGCCAAUGCCGCUGAAUCCAAAACGAUCUUUGCUCCACCGAGCCCAUCAUCGUUUGGAGUUCGAUACCUUCAAGACUGUGAUGAUGAAGACAAACUCACCGCAGUAUGGAAUGACAUUGACGAAGAAUGCCAGCGUACCAAACGACACAAAAUUCAGGCAUGGGCAUCUGCUCUGUAUCAAUAUGAGGAUCUCAACGAGAAGAUGCAUGGAGCUGGCCCUUGUCUCUGUAUCCAGAUCUCGGAAACGGUGAGAGAUGUGAGCAAAUGCUUGUCUUGCUGGUGCAAAAGGCAGAUGCGACGAAUGGUCGUCGAGGUUCAUGAGAAUUACCUUCCUGAAGACAAAGACGAAGCAGCGACAGUUGUCUUUGAGCUUUGUGCGCCGGACUUCUUCACUGCAUAUCGGAAUGCAACUUGGAAGAUCCAUCAGACAUUGUCCUUUCAGGGGGUGGCUUCCCAGGCGAAACCUGCAGACACCCUUCUCAGCUAUUGCCAGCUAAAGGACUUCGCCUCCGAGAGCGCCCAGUCGAGCACGGUUACGUUGGCCUCCGUGUCCAAGUCGUGGCUCUCUACUCAUUACAAGAAGCCUGAGGUGAGAAAAUCGCCUCAGAAGGAAGAUAUUAUUCUACCUCUUGCCCUUCGCUUCGAGUACUUCGACAAGGAGUUGAAUUGUUGGGUGAAAGACCAUGAUCGUCCAUUUCAGCUUGUCCGACUAUGUGGAGUCUCUCUUCCGGAUGGUUUCGGGGCUAUUCAAGGGGCAAAAGAUGCUGGGCGGACGACACAUCUUGUGCGAGAGCCGUCGUCAUACGAAAUUGUUGCCAAUCUAACAAAAUGCCCUACUACCAUGUCUCCGGCUGAGUUCACAGCGCAUCAAAACCUACUAUCUGGAACAUCCAGGCGCUGGUUGACAAUGCUGCUGGAGCUGAAUACCCCGAACCUGAACUUCAGCUCUGAAGAGACCAGCCGCUUGUUUUCCGAGCUCAUCACUCAAGCCGGAACAAUGCACAAAAGCAAUAGCGUCUAUCGAGACGCUCAUCUCUUGUUCAAUGAUGACGCUUUUUGUGCUCGUCUGAUCGAACAGGUUGAUCGCAGACUGACAACCAUCAGCUGGCGUGAUGUCUUUUGUAUGGAUGUGAUGAUUUCAAUCACUUUGCGACUCCACCAAUUAGGCUCCAGUUCCACAAAGCGCUCAUCUGACAAGCUCUUGAUGAACGCUCGCCGUGUAACACUUCACUGGCUCAGAGAUUUGAGACUGGAGGUUCGUGACGCCGCCCAAGAGGAUAUAGCAGCUAGAGCAAGUGAGUAUGGAAGAUGGGCGGCCAUUCUCUGCCGCCGGACAUUUUCUGCUCACUCGCCAAAGUCGCCCAUGUCAAUGCAGGAUCUCAUAACGUUUCUCGAAGCCACUAUUGGUCUCCAAGAAAACAUGUUGGUGGAUGUUGGUAAACUUCCAUCAAAUUUCAAGCAAGUCCUCAUCAGAGAUUUGAAAGCGGCAUACAGGUUGCAGUCCACGGUUGCGCAGGCAAUCAAAGCCUAUCCCCAAGUCAUCGAAACGAUCUUAGAUCCGAUUUGGCCAAAUCCAACGAGUGCCCCUCGGACGUUCUCUGACUUGGAAUUUAUGCCAUCCCCCAACUCCCGCUGGAUCGAACGCCAGGUCAUAACUGACUACGGGACUUGGCACGAGAAGUACAUUGUACAGUUCAACUUUAUCGAGGGUUAUUUCCUUAUCGACGGAAAGCCUCCAGGGACUCUCCCUGCCGAGAUUCGGGAUGCCGAAAUCGUGAAAGAACUUUUCGGCAAUCAGCAUCUCAUCACAAUCCCUUCAAACAUGCCGGGAAUGAGCCACACGUUGCGGGGUGAGACUCGUCAUAAACAUAAGGUUCAUUUUGGCAUCCGUGAUGGGCAAGUCAUCAUUCGUGCCAUAACCAAAGAAGGGACUGUCCUGGAAUUGAUCCCUCGCAACAAGUUUCAACAAGUCAAAGGCCACGACAUUCCAGCUAGUCUGAUCAAUGACUGCUUCCAUUGGAUGACCGUUUCGGAUAAAGCAAACCCGCGGCUGGAGAUAAGGCAUGUUAACGCUUGGAGACAGCAUGCUCACAACUGGGUGAUAGACCUCAAGACGAGGAUUGCGAGACGCAGGCGCCAAAGACUGAUCGACCCACAAUCGAAGCUGUUCAAGAUGAUUGAGCAAAAUUUCAAGUACUUUGAGCAUCCUGAAAACCUGCUUGUUUACCAGCCAGGAAAAGGCAACAUUACUGUCAAACUUGAACAGCUGGGCCUGACCUUUCGUGUCAAUCAUCGAGGACUUCUAGAAAGCAGGGAAUUGCGCUCCGAGAUUGACCCCAAUCAAGACGCUGGGACUCUUUAUGGAUUCCUGAGCAAGAUAUGUCUCCGCGACCUCAAAGAUCGAGACCAGAGAAGCAUCAUCACUGCUAUGGGCGUUACAACAUGGACGCGCCAAGGAUCACGGACAGUGGUAAAGACCGCCCCGGUUAACCAAUACGGACUGUUCUCUAUUGAUAACGUGCUAGGACGCCUUUGGUGUCUUCCCGAGCCCAGAAAUCUUUACGCGAAGGCGUUGUUUCAUGCGCUCACCUCUUCUCCGUUCCCUGAUCCACUUACUGGACGUACUGGAAGAGAAGAGGCACAACACAUACUGCAGUCCGGUCUUUGUCAGCCAUGGCAGCCCCUGGACAACGAAGGCCUUGCCAUGCUGCGGUUCAUUCAGAAUAACCUAUGCCCUCGUCGGGAAUAUUACCCUCCAAACCAGAGGAAAUUGCAGACAGCCAUCUGGGAGGGGCACUUGUCAUAUGCUCAGCAUGACGGAUAUGAUGCGAUUGUCCAGGCUAUUAUCACCAAAUCGAAUCGUCUGUCCUGCUUUCACAACACUACAUCAACACCGCCGUCUUCUUCCGGAGUUUAUAUCUCCCAUCUUCGGGAGCGUGGUUUGCUUCGGCAAUCUUUGUAUGAGACCAGCUCCUUUAUCCCUCCCACUUCGACCGGUCAAGGUGACGAGCUCUAUCGUUCCAGAGACCGAGAUAUGACAUCACCAAGAUGUACCAACGUUUUCCACAUUGUCAGCCAGGUUACAGAAAAUGAGUUCAAGUUCGACAGAACGAAGCCCUUGUCAGAGAUAUUGGAGGCCUGGAAAGUGAUCGGAGGCUUCAGUGCGACUCCUGAACAUGACUUCUUCUCACUGAUUGACGUCGUUGAGAAAAUGCCGAGCAGUCAGUUUGGAAGCAUGGUUUCCUUUUGUUGCAACAUUCCUCCAGAAGACAAAUACGCUUUGCCGUUCAGACUGGCACCGCUGGUCUUCAGGGAAAAUGCUGAUAUGGAUUUGGCUGUGUCUUUAGCGGCAUUCUCCCGGCUCACAGAGCUCAAGGUCCUCGAACAGCCAAAGGGCUCUUGUUUUACGGAUUUCCGGCGUCAUGAGGCACCCACCUUGGAGUUGAUACACGGGAUUAUCCGACCACCUUUUAUGGAGCUUCCCGUACCUAGCAACCUACAAUCUGCCAAGUCAAAAUCCAACUCUCAGAAGGUCAAGGAACAAGAACAUCACAAAGAAUUAUGCGCUUCAGAACAAAAACGCAUUGCUGAACUGAUCCACUGUCAAUGGCCUACGGAAACCUUGUCAUUUGAAGGCAUUGGGUCUUCUGUCCUUGACUGUUAUGAGCUUAAUGAGGUUUUCCAAACUCUUCAGCAACGGUGGCAGCAUCUUUGGGAUAACUACCAACUUUCUCUGUGGGUAGAGGCAGUUGAUGAGAUUCUCUCACAAUACAGCGGUUCCUAUGAGUUCCCAACAAUGCUCAUUCCGAUAGACACUCGAUCUUACCAGUUGCCCAGACGAAAACCAGUCAUACCUUCCAUUGCCCACGAUCUACUCCCCAAAUCAGGACCAGAAAGCAUGGCCCUCUCAGCCGAAGUCAAUAAGAGUCAACCCAUGCAUUUGGGUGCAUUGGGACCAAAGGCAGAUCGCUGGCGAGAUUCAGUCCGUCCUGAAUAUCGAGAGCUUGAUUCUAUUCUUGUCAGUCUUGCCAAAGAAGCAGGAUGUAUUCGUCAAGAAUAUGCAAAUGACCUACGGAGAAGCUUAAAAGCUUUACAAAGUGCUCCUCGCCAGGUCAAACUCGAUAUUUGCCCUACCCUCAUCUUGAUGGAAAAUCAGAUUUCGGCAUGUGAGCGCGCAAUCGCAACACAUGUGGAAGCGAUACAGCGAUCAUGGUCCAGCGAGGACAGCGGCUCUUCGUGGUUGAUUGCAGGUGGGCUCUGGCCGAAUGGGAGUAGAAUCACCAUGAUGGAGCAGCUUCGCUCCGUGGCCGAAAAUACAUUUGGAGAUGGAAUGAAGGGUGCUCUGGUUUCCCUCGGUAUUUUACUUACGAGAUUGCAGAAACUGCGAAGGAUGAGGUAUGCUCAUCUUCAGGAUAACAACCAACGAGUUCUUGAUGAACUAGCCAAUCCGGGGCAUACAAACUGGGAUGCGGAGGAGUAUCCGGAUUUCUUACUGCUUGAGUUGGAGAACAACAUACUCAUUCGCGAUGAACAAUUCGAGGUUGCUCAAGCGAUUAUCUCGCCUAACUCCAAGUCGAACUCGGUUCUGCAAUUGAACAUGGGAAAGGGGAAAACAUCAGUCAUUACACCAAUGGCUGCAGCAAUUCUGGCAGAUAAGCAACAAUUGUGCAGACUUAUCGUUCCCAAGGCUCUCCUCUUGCAAACCGCACAGAUCAUGCAAUCGAGGCUGGGCGGCUUGGUUGGCCGCGAGAUUCGGCACAUUCCCUUCUCUCGUCGUACCAGAGCCGGGCCGGAGAUGCUGGACGUGUUCGAGGAGUUGCAUCACGAUAUACUCCAUUCUGGGGGAGUCAUUCUGGCAUUGCCGGAAUCUAUCAUGUCAUUCUCGCUGAGUGGACUUCAGAGUAUGGUCGACUCCAAGUCCAAGCAAACGCGGCAAAUGGUCGAGUUUCAGCACUGGCUUACGGAGACUUCGAGAGACAUUCUCGAUGAAUCCGAUGUUACAUUGGCCGUCAAAACUCAGCUGAUAUACCCCAGUGGUACCGAGAAGGCCGUAGACGGCCAUCCACACAGAUGGCAUGUUGCACAAGCUCUCCUAGGCCUUGUCGAGGCCCAUGUCCCCGACCUUCGCCAAAAGUUCGGCCGCCGCAUUGAGGUGGAAAAUCAGGGCUCGGCGUUUCCACGAGUUUACAUAUUGGACGCGGAAGUCGAACAGGAUUUGAAGCAACGCAUCAUUGCUGAUGUUUGUGCUGGAAAAUCACCCACUUUCCAUCUUGCUGAUUCUGUUCAGCCGAGCGUUAAGGAAAGACUGAAACACGCUUUGAUUGAUCCUGUUGUGGAGGACUUCCAAAUCAACAAGGCGAAGCGAGCGUUUGUUGACAGGAACUCUGCUGCUGACAAAAUUUUGCUGCUGCGAGGUUUGAUUCACAGUGGUAUUCUUCUACUGUGUCUGAAAAAGCGGUGGAACGUCCAAUACGGACUGCACCCUGAUCGUAUACCAAUUGCCGUGCCCUUUGAGGCAAAAGGUGUCCCAUCUGCCAACGCUGAAUUCGGCCAUCCUGAUGUUGCCAUCAUCUUCACAUGUCUCGCCUUCUAUUACUCUGGCUUGACGUUGCAGCAAUUCACCGACUGUCUCGGCAGCGUUUUGAAGUCUGAUGAUCCGCAGUCUGAGUACGACAUAUGGACCCAGGGUUGCGCAAACAUUCCUCAGGAUCUUCGACAGUGGAAUAUGAUCAAUGCGGAGGACCAUCUCCAGGUGGAACAGCUGUGGAAGCUUCUCCGGCUCAACAGAGCCGUCCUGAAUUACUACAUGAACACGUUCGUGUUCCCGAAACACUGCAAGCAGUUCGAAGUCAAGCUUCAGACAUCUGGCUGGGAUAUUCCUCUCUUUCCACGAAUCGCCGCCAAUCAAUCACAAUUGGCUCGGACUACUGGCUUCAGCGGUACGAAUGACAACAAAUACUUGCUUCCGCUUACCAUCAAGCAAGAUGACCUUCCCAGUUUGUCUCAGACCAAUGCCGAAGUACUCUCAUAUCUCCUUGAGAAAAGAAACCGCAGAUACGAGAAGCUGGCUGAGCAUGGAAAGGGACAGGGUGAAAGAAGGUUAACGGAGUAUGGGCUUCUUAAGCGCUUGUCACAGACAAGAAUACGCAUCCUCAUUGAUGCCGGUGCGUUUGUGCUGGAGAUGAAGAACCAUGAAGUGGCAAAGGAAUGGUUGAAGCUUGACACUUUUAGCCCCGCGGCGAUCUUUUUCAAUGAGGAGAACAAGGCCAUGGUGCUCUCUCGCGGAUCCAAAAAGCCGGUUCCGUUGCUGGCGACCCCGUAUGCGGAAAACCUGGCAGAGUGCCUGGUGUAUCUCGACGAAGCGCAUACCCGCGGAACAGAUCUCAAACUGCCGCAAGAUGCUUAUGGGGCCCUGACACUGGCAUUGAAUCAGACGAAGGAUCACACUGUCCAAGCCGCUAUGAGACUUCGACAACUGGGCACAACGCAGUCAGUAGUCUUCUGUGCACCACCCGAGGUCGAUCAUGACAUUCGGAAAGUGUGCCAGCGCCGUUUUUCCGAUUAUAUCGACUCCGGACAUUGCGUACGGUGGCUCCUUGAAAUGACUUGCCGCGCUAAUGAAAGCCUUCGCCCCUUGUACGUGGCGCAGGGGACUGAUUUCUGCAAGAGGAUAAACUCUGCAUGGGAGCAUCCAAACUUUGUGGGCUCAACAAAGCACCGCGAGGCCCACAUGAGGGUGAUUUUACAGAAGGAGUGCUCAACAUUAAAGGAGAUCUAUGGAAGCAAAGCCCAAGAUUCAAGUUCAGAUAACGCUUCUCUAGCCAUUACCGACCCGAAGCUGCGAUCUUUCUACGACACGCUCACCAAGAAGAAGAAAGACCUUGCUCAUACCACGCCCAAAGCCUUGGCUUGUGCUCUUGACGAAGUAGAGCAAGAGCGCGAGGUCGAGUUCCAGGUUGAAGAGAUCCGUCAGGUGCGCAAGCCCACCCACUACGAUGCCUUCGAGUUUCCUGGGAUGCAUCCAAAUAUCUUGCGGUUCAUAGAGAACGGUGUACUCCGGGGCACGGAUGGCUACGAGCAUGCCUUCACUGCCCUAGGGAGGACCACGCUGGGAAAGAAGUAUGAAGUCCGCUCAACGGGGUCGAAAUUCUACGUGUCAUCCGAGUUUCGACGCACUAUUUCAGCCGGCAAAAGCCCGAGCGAUGACUUUUUUAGACCCGUAGAAUGGAUCCUCUACGCUCCUCGCACUCAGACGGCCUUAGUACUCAUUCCAGAGGAAGCCGAGAUUGCAAUCCCUAUGUUACGUGUCACCAAAAACCACAGCCCGGUCCAUCUCAUCCCUUACGCUUCGCCAGUCACGCGAAACAUGACUUCGCUAGGCCGACUUGCCUACUACGCCUUCCCUUCGCUACCUAAGGGUACCCUCAUCCCAGACUGGCUCAUAAUCGAGAUCGGAAUUCUCGCCGGCCGUCUUUACUUUGAGUAUACCGAGUACGCCGCCAUUGUCACGUACCUCCAAGCGGGCAGGUCCAGCGAAGCAGAUGGUGAAGGCGCCGAUGAUGACGGCAGACAGACGUCCUUGCCAGAGAGUGACAACACUGAAGUUGCAUUUGCGAAGAACCCCCUGGGCUUCGUCCUCGAUUGGCUGACGCAGCGAAGACGGGGGCAGGACAUCAUGCAUACGCCCAUGGGAUAUGUGUGUCAGCGCCGCAAGCUGAGCGCCGAACAUCCCUUCUUCAGGUCACCGGAGGCGGAGGUCUCCGAGGUCAGUGGAACGUCGCCCAAGAGAAGAAGUGAUGCGGAGGACGAGUCAGACUCGGACGGCGAGUAUGAUUUGGUUGAGAUGGACCAGUCCGACGAUGAUGAUCAUGAUGGAGAUGAGGGCACUGUUGGCCGUGAGGGUGAUGACUCUAAUAGGGGUAGUGACUCUGGUGAUGCCAACCCCAAUGCACUGGCGGAGUGGGAUUUUGCGGACGAAUGA